AUGUACUGCGCCCCCACCGGUCGUGGCGCAGAUCCAAAGUUCUAUACCCCUGACGCGGCCCGCAAGCGUGAUGAGCAGAACAAGAGCUACCCAGUUCCCAAGAAGCUGCUGAAGGUCCGCUUCCUUAGCGACGUGGGUAACACGAUGCCCAUCGCCUUCGUCCCUCUGCAAAAGGAGGUGGAGGUGCUUGUUGGCGAACCGGCGCUGGCUUUCUACUCCGCGUACAACCGCAGUAAUCGCACGCUGCUCGGCGUCUCAUCCUACACGAUCGCGCCACCGGAGGUGACGAACUACCUCAACAAGAUCCAGUGCUUCUGCUUCGAAGAGCAACGUUUCAAGCCGCACGAGCUAGUUGAGAUGCCCGUAUUCUUUUACAUCGAUCGCGACUUCCUGAAUGACCCGAUGGUGAACUGGCUCGAUGAGGUGAUCGUCAACUACACCUUCUUCAACCUCGAAAAGACGAAGGACUAUAUCUUCCGUUCCAACACGCGGUAA